CCUGGAGGCAGUGCACUGGCCUCCCGGGAGUGGAGCCCGAGCGGCCGGCGGCGGGGCAGUGGAAGGUUGUCCCGGCACAGACCAGGCCCUGAAGGAAAACCCGGAGUUCAGGCAGUGGCUUGUCGCUGACGGCCAGGGCCGGCUCGGCUGAGACCUACUAGGCUGCCUGUCAAAGAGCAGGAAGCAUCGAUGUCUGCUGUGGGUCCUGCCGCUGCACACCUGCAUCGCCCUGGUGACAGUCACAGUGACUGCGUGAGUUUCCUGGGGGCCCAAUUGCCCCCAGAGGUGGCAGCAAUGCCCCGGCUCCUGGGGGACUUGGACAGGGCUACGUUCAGAAAAUUGCUGAAGCUGGUGGUCAGCAGCCUGCAGGGAGAAGACUGCCGGGAGGCUGUGCGGCACCUCAGGGCUGGCGCUGACCUGCCUGAGGAGCAGCUGGGUGCCCUGAUAGCUGGCACACACACCUUGCUCCAGCAGGCCCUCCGGCUGCCCCCAGCCAGCCUGAAGCCCGACACCUUCAAGAACCAGCUCCAGGAGCUUUGCAUCCCCCAAGACCUGGUUGUGGACUUGGCCAGUGUGGUGUUUGGUAGCCAGCGGCCUCUCCUUGACUCUGUGGCCAGGCAGCAGGGGGCCCGGCUGCCCCACGUCGCUGACUUUCGGUGGAGGGUGGACGUGGCCAUCUCCACCAGCGCCCUGGCCCGCUCCCUGCAGCCCAGUGUCCUGAUGCACCUGAAGCUCUCGGAUGGGUCUGCCCUCCACUUUGAGGUUCCCACGGCCAAAUUCCAGGAGCUGCGGUUUGCUGUGGCCCUGGUCCUGAAGGAGAUGGCCGAGCUGGAGAAGAGGUGUGAGCGCAAGCUGCAGGACUGAGCCUCCCGCCAGUGCCUUCUGGUGGCUGAGGCGGCUGUCUCAGAUGGGCUUUCCAGAGCGAAGCCUGCCCUUCUGACAAGGCACUCCAGUGAAGGAGUGUAACUAUGUCUUUCUCUAAAUGAAGUAGACAGCUGUGUCUUUCCCUUUUUUUUGAAAGUAAAGCAACUGUAAAUAAAAAAUAGGUCCUCCUGGGUAGGCAUCAAA